GAGCCGGUCGCCGAGUUGACUUUCGUCCCGCAGCCCAUGGGCAGGAUUAACAGUUGCCACUUCGAGCUUUGCAACGUCGCACGGCCAGCAGAAGAGGCACGCAACCCGCACGACGUCAGGUCACGUGUGCCUGCCAAACCGCCGAGGAAGGUGCUCAGCUUGAAUGGAACCCACAGGAGAAACCAUGAAGACUAUCCGGAAGCAAAAACUAAUUUGAGCAUGCGAAGUCCGGACUCGCUGCCUAGCAACGAAGCCAGCUGCGUGGACGUGGACCAAAUCAACCUGGAAAAUGGCCUGCCGCGGAACAAGUUCGCGGAAAAAUCCGCGCAAACUAGCCACCUGGUGCCGUACAGGCUGCGCUUCUGGCCCAAGCUGCACCACGCCGUGAAGCUGGGCCCGUCGGAGAGCAGCUGCACGAAGCUGCGCGUCGCCUGCAUCUGCAGGAUCCUGAGCCAGUGGCUGCUCUCGCAGGUCGGCCUGACGGUCCUCUUGGUGUUCUGGGCUUUGGUGGGCGCCUAUGGGUUUCACAUCACGGAAGGACCCAGAGAGUUGCAGAAGUCCAAGGACAUCCAGAAAAUUCAGAACGAGAUAUCGCAGGAACUGUCUGCGACGUUGCAGAAAGACAAAGAUACCGGAAGUUGGCCGGCGACAGUCAAUAGAUACUUGGAAAAGCACAAAACGCUUAUUUUAGACGCCGUGAGCGAAGGUUACGGCGAAAGCCGAAGUGGCAGCAUAUGGACCUACCCUGGGUGCAUACUCUUUUCCGUUUCACUGCUUACCACUCUAGGUUUUGGUGCCCCGGUUCCUAGAACAGUCGAAGGUCGCGGCGCAGCCAUCCUAUUCGCCGCCGUCGGCAUCCCCCUCCACUUCCUUUUAAUCCUGAACUUCGGCAACCUGAUGGCCGUCAAGCUGCAAACGCUGGCGUACAAGUGCCACCCCUCCGAUAUCCCGCUGAAAAAGCCGCCGCUUUGGUUGAAGUGGUUCCCGCUGGUCGCCAUGGUGACCUUCUACGCCUUGGGCGUGCUGGUGUUCGGCGUUGCCAGACUGCGCUCGCCCGUCGACUGCCUCAUGUUUCCGCUGGACUUCACGACGGUGGGGGGCGUGGCCCAAGUGCAAGGACACCUGCGGAUAGCGUACGCCGUCUAUCUGGAGGGCGCGGUCACGUUGGCGGCCGUCGUCGUGUCGCUGGUUCAGGCGUCCGCCACCAGGGGCAUCGUGGAUUUGUGUUUGAGGUUAGGGUUGCUCAUCAACACGUGAAUGUCGUGUGACGGUCGAGUGAUAGAUUUAUGUGAUUAAUUUAUUUAAAUAAAUUAUAGGAUACAAAGGAGUUUUAUUUUAAUUGUAA